AUGCGGUUAGACAAACGCGCCGUGCAAGACCGACUGUCACCAUCUGGAACCCAAUGGCACUUCAACCCACCUUGCAACAGUCACCGCGGAGGAGUUUGGGAGCGGCUUAUACGGUCGGUGCCAAAAAUAUUGACGGCGUUAUGUCAACAACAGGCGCCGGAUGAUGAAACUUUGAGCACAUUUCUGGUAGAGGCGGAAAGGCGUUUGGGAACGGCUUAUACGGUCGGUGCGAAAAAUAUUGACGGCGUUAUGUGA